UAUAUAAGCAGCGAAGUUGCAGGCUACAUUCCAUGCAGCAGAGGACAGUGUCUUGCUUCUGUGUGUUCUUGAGAGGUUGCUAGCUCUUGAUUUUAAUCCUUUCCUAAUUGAUAACUUCAUGGCUGAUCAACCAAGCAGCAAUUCAGUUUGUGACGCUAAGAGUUCCCUAGAGAAAAUAUUCAUCGACGGAGAAGAUCAAAGCAUCAUAUUGAACCCUAACUUCGACGACGGCCUCAACAAUUGGUCCGCUUGGGGAUCUUGCAAGCUCGCGCUCCACGACUCCAUGGGCGACGGGCAGAUAGGUCCUUUUAGCGGCCACAAGUACUUUGCGGCCGCGUCGGAGCGCACUCAGAGCUGGAACGGGAUUCAGCAGGAGAUCACCGGCCGGGUGCAGCGGAAGCUCGCUUACGAGGCGACGGCGUUCGUUAGAGUUUUCGCCAAUCCAUCGUCUUCCUCUGCUGCUCCAUCUGCACCUGCGGAAGUCAGAACCACUCUGUACGUUCAAGCAGCGAAUGGGCGCGAACAAUACGUCGGCAUUGCUAAAGCGAUGGCAACCGAUAAGGAUUGGGUGCAAUUGAAGGGCAAGUUUCUGAUGAACGGCGAAGCUUCUAAAAUUGUGGUCUUCGUUGAAGGGCCACCGGCGGGCAUGGAUAUCCUUCUCGGCAGCUUAGUGAUCAAGCAUGCAGAGAAGGCUCCUCCAUCGAGUCCUCCCGAUUUCGAGAAUGUUACGUACGGAGUCAACAUAAUACAAAACGGCAGUCUCUCCGACGGCUCCGACGGGUUAAGCGGCUGGUUCCCUCUUGGCCCCUGCAAGCUCGCCGUCGUCGCGUCCGGCGCACCUCGCGUGCUUCCUACCAUGGCGCGCGACUCCCUCGGGACGCGCGAGCCGCUCAACGGCCGUCACAUCCACGUCACCGACCGCACGCAGACGUGGAUGGGCCCCGCGCAGACCAUCACGGAGAGGAUCCAGAUCCACGUCGCCUACCAGGUGUCGGCGUGGGUCCGCGUCGUCGGUGCGCAGGGCACGCCGCAGAACGUCAACGUCGCCCUCGGCGUGGACACCCAGUGGGUCAACUGCGGCCAAAGUCAGGUCACCGAUGGACGGUGGUACGAGAUCGGAGGAUCAUUUCGGAUCGAGACGCUGACGGCAGAGAGAGUGAUGGUGUACGUCCAGGGCCCGGCGGCGGGGGUUGACCUCAUGGUGGCCGGGCUUCAGAUUUUCCCCGUCGACCGGAAAGCAAGAUUCCGGCAUCUCAAGAACCUCACGGACAAGGUGAGAAAGAGAGACGUGGUUCUGAAAAUUACAGCCUCGGAUAAUCUCGCCGUUGAUUCUGCAUUGCCGCCGCCAUUGGUGAGAGUUCGACAAAUCAAGAACAGUUUCCCUUUCGGAUCAUGCAUCGCGCGAAGCAACAUCGACAACGAGGACUUCGUCAACUUCUUCGUCACCAACUUCAAUUGGGCCGUCUUCGAAAACGAACUCAAGUGGUACUGGACGGAGCCGCAGCAGGGGAGUCUCAACUAUGCCGACGCCGACGAACUUCUCGAUCUCUGCAAGAAGAAUGGCAUCGAGACGAGGGGGCAUUGCAUCUUCUGGGAAGUGGAGAGCGCGGUGCAGGGCUGGGUUCGCGCUCUCAACAACACCGAUCUCGCCAGCGCCGUCCAAAGUCGCCUCAACGGCCUCCUGACGAGGUACAAGGAUCAGUUCCAGCACUACGACGUCAAUAACGAGAUGCUCCACGGAACGUUCUACCAAGACCGUCUCGGAAGAGACAUACGAUCGAGCAUGUUCAAGGCGGCGAACCAGCUAGACUCUGCAGCGACUCUGUUCGUGAACGACUACAACGUGGAGUGCGCCGCGGACACAAGGGCUACGCCGGAGACGUACAUCGAGCAGAUACUUAGCCUGCAGGACCAAGGCGCUCCGGUGGGGGGAAUCGGCCUUCAAGGGCAUGUCAAGGCACCAGUUGGGCCGGUGAUCUCGUCGGCUCUGGAUAAGCUGGGCGUCCUCGGCAUCCCCGUCUGGUUCACAGAAAUCGACGUGUCGGCGGCGAACGAGUUCGUGCGAGCGGAUGACCUGGAGGUGAUCCUGCGGGAGGCGUACGCGCACCCUGCGGUGGAGGGGGUGAUGCUGUGGGGCUUCUGGGAGCUGUUCAUGAGUCGGGACGACGCGCACUUGGUGAACGCGGAAGGCGAUCUCAACGAAGCAGGGAGGAGGCUGUCGAGUCUUCUUCAGCACGAGUGGACGUCGCGUGCUCACGGAAGAGUCGAUGGCCAAGGGGAGUUCAAGUUCAGGGGCUUCCAUGGCACGUACAGCGUUGAGAUCAGGACGCUCACGAAGAAGGUUAGGCAAACGUUCACGGUGGACAAGGGGGAUUCUCCUCUGGUUGUGGAGAUAAGUUUAUGAAACAAAUUAACAAUUGGAGAAAUAAAGACGUCUAUACUGCAAUCGAUCAUCCUAUAAAGUGUAAAAGUGUAAUGGAAUUGUAAGAAAACUUUAUUAA